UAAACUUUGCCUCGCUCGUUCCCCACCUUGGCUCCUCUAGGCUUCAUUGCUCUGUCCUGGUCCAUCAGCGAAUUUAAAACCCUAAAACCCCAUCCGUCAGAUGGCAAUCCUUGAGAGCCAAAACAGAAAAUUUUCUCACUUGUUUUAGAUAUCAAAAGCUGAGGUAUCAAUCAUAUUCACCCUGCAAAGAUUGCUGAAGAAGAAUGGUUUGGUGCAGUAAUUGUGCAAAAAAUAUUCAGCGGCCAGACUAUGUUGAUGGCAAGAUAUGUUGUUCAUUAUGUGGACGAGUUCUUGAUGAGGAUAAUUUUUCUAGCGAACCCACCUUUUCAAAGAAUGCAGCUGGACAGAGUCAAUUGUCAGGAAAUUAUGUGAAGACUGUUCAAAGUGAUUACUCAGCAUCACGUGAAAGAAUAUUGGCUGGAGCAUAUAAUGGUAUAGAAAGUAUAAUGUAUGCCUUGGGUAUUGAUGGUGGUGAUUCUAUAUCUCGCCCAGCUCUGGCCUUUUAUACAAUUGCAGUUGAGCGGAAUUUCACAAGGGGCCGCAGAAAAGAGCAAGUUGAGGCUGCUUGUCUUUAUAUUGCAUGUCGGGAAAACAAAAAGCCUUACCUUCUCAUUGACUUCUCAGAAUACUUGAGGAUAAACGUUUAUAUUCUAGGUGCUGUGUUUUUGCAGCUUUGUAAACUUCUAAGCCUGGAAGAACACCCAAUUGUUCAAAAACCUGUGGACCCUAGUCUUUUCAUUCAUAGGUUCACUGACCGUCUAUUUGGUGGAAGAAAGCCUAUUGUUUCCAGGACUGCACUUCAUAUUGUUGCUAGCAUGAAACGAGAUUGGAUGCAGACUGGGAGAAAACCAAGUGGGCUGUGUGGAGCAGCACUCUACAUAUCUGCUCUUUCACAUGGACUUAAGUGUUCAAAAUCAGACAUAAUAAAGGUUGUACAUGUUUGUGAAGCAACAUUGACAAAGCGGUUGAUUGAAUUUGAGAAUACAGAGUCUGGGAGUUUAACGAUUGAGGAGUUCAACAUGAGAGCAGAGGAGCUUGAGAAAGAAGAGAGGUUAAAUAAACAACUAUUCUCUGGGUCACAAGUAUCUGAGAAAGCUGAAUUGCUAUGUGAACAUAAGGGCAGUGGCAAGCCUCCCUUUGCCCAUGGACUUUGUGAAAGUUGCUAUAGUGAUUUCGUUCAACUUUCUGGAGGACUUGAUGGUGGAUCAGAGCCUCCAGCUUUUCAACGGGCUGAAAGAGAAAGGCUAUUGGCCAAGGAAGCUGCUUGUACAAAUUGCACUAUAACAUCAGAUGAAAACAACAAUAAAGAUUUGAAUUCUGUCAAAGAAGGGAAAAUCCAGAAUGGCAGUGGAAUUGAAAAUUCACAGCUAACAGAGUCUGAAGCAAUAGGUGCUGUCUCUCGGAUUCCAUCCAAUCAGGAAAGUGAUGAAAAUAAUUUGACUGUUAUGGACUCUGGAACUCCUGAUGGCUGCAAUGAAUCAGAAAGCUUUUCUGAUAUUGACGAUCUUGAGGUGGAUGGGUACCUUCACAAUGAGGAGGAGAAGCACUACAAGAAGAUUAUUUGGGAGGAAAUGAAUAAAGAAUAUCUUGAGGAGCAAGCAGCCAAGGAAGCAGCUGCAGAAGCUGCAAGGAAAGCUUUUGAGGCGAAUUUGCAGAACUGUUCUGAGGAUAUGCAAGCUGCACAGAAGCUUGCUGCAGCAGCUUCAGCAGCUGUGGCAAAAUCUAGAAAGGAGAGACAACAAAAACGAGCAGCAGAACUGAGGAAUUUGGGUCCUGCUCAAACAGCUGCAGAGGCCACGAGACAAAUGUUGACUAGAAAGAGAUUGAGUUCUAAAAUCAACUAUGAUGUUCUGGACAAACUUUUUGAAGAAUCUGUUGUCCCAGACAACUCAAAGCGAACUCGAUCAGCGAUUGCUGCUACUCCCGGUGAUGAUAAAUUGCCAGAUGAUUGCAGGAGUCCUGCUUUGGAUGAUAAUUGGGAAGCAGAUUGUGCCACUGAAGGCGAAGAUAAUCUGGGUGUAUAUUAUGACGAUGUACAAGAAGAGUAUGCUUAUGAUGAUACUUUUGAUGAUAGCCAUUAUUAAGAGAUGAAUUGAUUAUAAAUUUUUUCCUUUCUUUUCAACGCCAAAAUUAAAAAUAAAAAGACGUAAUAAAACCUUGUCAUAGUUGUUUGAUG